AUGCGUUUCUCAGCAGUCGCAUGCUCUGCGCUGUUCGCUCUAGUCCACGCCGGUCCGCUGGCCGCGGACAGUCUCGAUGCCAGGGCAACUACCUUCACAAAUCCAAUACUUUGGGAGGACUACCCUGAUCUCGAGGUCAUUCGCGUUGGUGAAGUCUUCUACUACACCUCGUCAACCUUUGCCUUCUCCCCCGGCGCCCCUGUGCUCAAGUCCUACGAUCUCGUCAACUGGACGCCAGUCAGUCACAGCGUGCCUAAUCUGAACUUCGGCACCAAGUACAACCUCAACAGCGCGACCGACCGUGCCUACGUCAAGGGCAUCUGGGCCAGCAGCCUCCGCUACCGCGACUCCACCGACACAUUCAUGUGGAUUGGCUGUGUCGAGGGCAAGUCUUAUCUCUGGACUUCGAGCGGCGGUGGGGCAAAGAACAACAACGGAGAGGUUUCGAGCUGGAACUGGAAGUCUACCGCUUCAGUCAACAAGUGCUACUACGACUGUGGAUUGCUGGUCGACGAUGAUGACACAAUUUAUGUCGCUUAUGGCAGCACCAACAUCAUGGUCGCUCAACUUAACAAGGACGGCACUGCAGAGGUCAAGUCGCAGCAGGUUUACACAAACGGUCAGUACAUUGAAGGUUCCCGCAUGUACAAGAAGGACGGAUACUACUACAUCUUCGUCACCAAGCCCGCGUCCGACGAGUAUGUACUCAAGAGCAAGAGUCCUUGGGGUCCCUACGAAAUGAAGGUCCUCGUGCAAAGUAUCGGCGGCCCAUUAUCAAGCGCAGGCUUUUCACAUCAAGGAGGAAUCGUCAGCACCAAGGAUAACCAAUGGUACUACGUCGCAUUCAUGGACUCUUACCCAGGCGGUCGCAUCCCCGUGGCCGCUCCCAUCACCUGGUCCUCAGACGGCUGGCCCUCGCUCGUCAAAGACAGCAGCGGCAAAUGGGGCACAACAUAUCCAAUGCCCGUCUCAACCAGCAAGACCGUCCCGCCAGUCACCGGAACAGACACCUUCCAGGGCACCUCCCUCAGUCAUGAGUGGGAGUGGAACCACAACCCAGACACCUCCAAGUUCAAGCUCCUCGGUGGUUCAACCGGCGGUCUGCAACUCUCUACCGCCACCGUGACAGACGACCUCUACACGGCACGCAACACCCUAACACAUCGCAUCAUCGGGCCCAAAUCAGCAGGCACUUUCCGUCUGGACAUCAGCAAGAUGGCCGACGGCGACCGCGCUGGCGCCGCCCUCUUCCGCGACAACAUGGCAUACAUCGGCAUUCACCGCGAGGGCUCAACCAACAAGCUCGUCUACGUUAACAACCUCAAGCUCGACCAGGCCAAUUCGUGGAAAACUAGCGCCACCGGCACCGUCGCUGCCAGCAGUACGCUCGCGGCGGGGACCACGGAGGUCUGGUUCAAGGUUCAGGCGGACAUUACGCCUGCAUUUGGUUCGUCGACGCAGCGCACUACGACCUUCUGGUACAGCACCGACGGCAGCAAGUUUACGCAGCUGGGCGGCGCGUUUGGGAUGAUCAACGACUGGCAGUUCUUUACAGGGUUCCGGUUCGCGGCGUUCAAUUUUGCGACGAAGGCGCUGGGCGGGUCGGUCACGGUGAAGAGCUUCGACAUGCAGAAGAUAUAGCUGUGUACAAUACAACAUUGGCC